AUGCCCAGUAUACCGACUCAACGACCCAUCAAGAUACUUUUAACAGGAUUCGGUUCGUUCAGAAACCAUGAGAAGAAUGCCUCAUUUGAUAUCGUCAAGCAGGCAUCGGAAUCUGGAGGGUUUGACUCUGAGGAUGGGAACAGCGCUGUAGAGUUAGUGGUCCAUCCAGAGCCGGUUCGGGUGAGCUACCGGACGGUGAACGAGCUACUCAGCCGGCUCUACCAGACCCAUCCAGAUCUCAACUUGGUCAUCCACACUGGAAUCUCUCAGCUCCCUAGGGCCAAAUUCUUGCUCAAGAAAAUCGCCUAUUGGGAACAUUACAAGUCCCCUGAUGUCGACGGUCUCUUCCCUGAUCCCUCCCUCUCCGAUUCGGAGACCCGACCUGCUUCCUUAUCUUCUUCUGUCAUGCUCGAUCAGCUUGUCGAAAGAGUUCAGGAUCAGAUCUCUCAGCCGAUCAAUCUCAAAGUCUCAGAAAACGCGGGCCUUUUUUUAUGUGAAUACAUCUACUACAGUUCACUACUGAGAUUCAAGAACUUGACGAACUCGAACCCGGAGCCACCAUCGACGAGGACAGAUCAAUCUCUUUCUUUUGGUCAUUGACAAAGAAGUUAGGGUUAGAGCCCUCCAAAUACGGUUCUGCUUGUGAAGCGAGGAUCCAGUCUGCAAAACGGCAAUCGAUGCUGUCACCAGUCAAGUCAAGGUUUUGGUGAGCUGGUGUGGGAGCAGCGGCGGCACCGGUCUGGAUCAGCAA